AUGGCGGCCGCGGGCCUGGCCGUGAGUCCGCUCGCGCGCCUCAACCCCUGGCUGAGCGCGUGCGACCUGGAGGAGGAGGGCGCGAGCGGCGAGCACGAGUGCGGGCGAGUGCGUGCGGCGUGCGGCGGCGGUGGCGGCGGCGGUGGCGCGGCUGAGGCCGAGCCCGAGGCACUGGCGGGGCGCGACGUGCCGCACCUGUGCGCGCUGGCAGCGGGCGCGCGGGCGCGACGCCUCGCCGAGCUGCGGCUGCGCGCCUGCUGCGAACGCUCACCCGCCUCCGCGCUCGACCGCGGCGCGCGCGCCGACGUGCUCGCCGGCGGGGACCGCUGCGAGCGCACGCUACGCGAUCUCCUUUCCCUUGACGCGAUGGUCGCGCGCGUGCACUGCGAUUUCGUCAGCAUCCUCGAUCGCUACGACUGCGACCAGCCCUUCUCAGUACACACGUGUCACGAGUGCCAGGUGAGUGCCAGCGUGUAG